AAUGGAGGAAACAGAUGGGCCGUGAAAAGUUUGGUAUGCUUGGCCGUGAAAAGCUUGGUCCCACAGAACAUGCACUGGUUUCCAGCAGUCUCUGGUAGUAGUUAUACAGCGAAUGAAUUUAACCUGAUCUCCCCAGUCCUGUAAAAGAGACCCAUAAAUCUAGUGAGUAACUACUGGGAACAACCUGUGGAUUGCUGGUUGUACUAUUGGACAAGAACACACAAUGAUGUCGCUACCUAAAAGCAAGAAGUGUCACGAGUGUGCAGUGACACAGUUUUCACAACCAGUGAGGCAGGGCCCUGUGAGGCCCUGUCUUAGCUGCUCAGUGUCGGUGGAUAUGGAAGAGGGCCAUCAGGCCAAUCCAUCCCUGCCUUGGUCCAGGAGUGUAAGGGGUGUGACUGAGAAUGAGGGGAAGCCUGAGUGCCUUAUGCGACAAAAGUCCAUUCAGAAAAUCAUCCACCAGGUCGACACGUGCAAGCGGAGAAAGCUAAAGCGACUAGUGGACAAGCAAGGAGCCUGCAAUGUCGUCCACAACACCAAGGUGUCCUAUGCUGUCAACUUCAUCAACGACAUCUUCACAACAAUCAUUGACUUGCGGUGGCGCUUCUUGCUCCUGUUUUUCAGUCUAGCCUACGUCGUUGGUUGGGUGGGAUUCAGUGGUCUUUGGUACUGUCUGGCGUGGCGGCACGGGGACUUGGGAUAUCGCAGCCGGGGCGAUGAGAACUUUAUGCCUUGUGUUGCCCAUGUAGACACCUACAUUGGUGCACUCUUGUUUUCCAUCGAGACACAGACAACCAUUGGUUACGGUUUCCGCUCCGUUACUGAGGAGUGCUGGAUGGGACCAUCCUUAGUUGUCAUCCAGUCUGUCUUCAGUGCACUGAUUGAUGCCAUACUUGUCGGCUGCAUAUUUGUCAAAAUCGCCCGUCCUAAAAAGAGGGCGGCUACAAUCAAGUUCAGCCAUGAAGCUGUGAUCGCCAUGAGAGAUGGUAAAUUGUGUUUCAUGUUCCGCAUUGGUGAUAUACGUAACAGCCACCUAUUUGGGGCAACGAUUCGGGCCAAACUGGUCAGACCACGCAUCACUAGGGAGGAAGAAUGCAUCCCACUUCACAGCUAUCCCAUGGACGUCGGAGAAUCUGCAGGUGAGGAUAACCUCCUACUAGUCUGGCCUCUCAUCAUCUGUCAUGUUAUUGAUGAGAAUAGCCCCUUGUACAAGUACUCUUACUUUGACUUGUUAGAUAACUCCUUUGAAAUUGUUGUCUGCCUCGAGGGCAUUGUGGAGCAAACAGGUCUACUCACGCAGGUGCGAACCUCCUAUCUCCCGUUGGAGAUCAAGUGGGGUCAUCGUUUCAGCAGCCACGUUGUGUCCAUGGCUGACACUGACGACAAGCUCAGUGUGGACUACUCGCACUUCAACAUCACCUACGCUGUGAGUGACACGCCAAAAUGUAGCGCUUAUGAGCUCGACUACAUGAAGAAAACAGGGAAGUCACUUCGGCCCAUGAUGGGGAAUGGGAAUGCCUGGGCUAGGCGAGCACGUCAGAACAAAUCUGGCAAAAGUUCAGGACCCAAGGAAUGCCGACUUUACCCAGAGCUGUUCUCUAAUGAUGAGGACUGCGAGGAAUAUGAAAAAGAGGAGGAUGACACACCACUACACAACCGAGAGGUGACAAGAUACACAUAUGUAAAUGAAAUAGACGAAUCGCCAGUUACCACACCAGUGAUAACGGGGAUGAAUGACUGGAACUUUAUGGAAUCAAAUAUCUGAAAUGUGCUCCUACAAUAAUUACUUCAUACGCAACAUUAAUUUGUUCUUUUCAUGGGCAAUACGCUGUUGAAAACGAUGCAAUCUAUACUGCAUAGAAAUCCAUGCAACGGUCAUGACUUUUACAAAAUAUCAUUAGCAAAACUACGCAAACACUGAAUAAGCAAAAUGUAAAAAAACUCAACCGCUCACCAAAAUAGUCCAACCUUUUCCCUCACAAAAAGGAACUUUGCUAAAAACAACCAGAGCUUUAACAUGUACAUGUUUGUAUUUUAACGGCAAACUUUUCGGCAAAACCUUACACAAAUCUUCAUAAGACCUAAAAUCUAAAAUAAACUUUGUUUGUCUGAUCAUGUAUUCCAUUUCUUGGUGCAAUGAGACUGGAAAAAUCUAAAAGCUUUUUCUUAAAGGACUCCAUUGAUUUCCAUGUAAUAUUAAAUUCACAAACAUCUAUUGUGGGGCUACAUUUAAAAUCUAGAAAAUGUUAAUGUCAUUAUUCUGCAUGUGUUCUCUUGGUGGAAAAACAGUAAAUUGUCAUUCUGAACAGAAAAACAAAGAAAAUCCACUUCAUCUCCGUUAAAAUUGGUUGCUUGCACUCAAGCUUAUUCAGGAACUCGCACAUGAACAUGUGUGUCACUGUAUCACUUCUUAGCUCUUCCAAGUUGGCCUGAACACUUUUGACAAUGAUCAUUUUUAUCAUAAAAAGAAAAAUUAUAAUCUUGAUUUCACAAAUUUCCUUGCAAGGACUUUAUUACUGUCAUCAAAAUCGUGACUGGCAUUCAUUUCUACAUGUUAUGAAACAUACCCUUUCAAGUAAACUCUAGCAUUCCAGAAAGAAUGUGUGUAAAGCACACUAAAAUUGGAUUUCCUUUUGAAAAUGUGCAUAUUGUUGGACUUUAUAUUGAACAUAGUAUUUAUAGCAUUGUUGCUUCGGCUGAUUGGCUGCUAUUAUAAAAGUAUUUACAUAUAUUUUCACUGAAGUUAUUUUUCAGAAGUCAGUUUUAGUUAGCAUUAAGUAUAAAUGUGUAUUUAGUUUGUAGACUGUUAAUGGGGUUCAAUUUUUUUCCCCAGGGCUAGCUUUGUUAUUAGAGGAAGGGACGAUAUUUUCAGUACAAAUUUUAAUGAUUCAAGUGAUGAAAACUAUGAAUUUGCCUUGUUCUUUUCAAAGUUGCUUGUAUAGUCUGUAUGUAUUCAAGAAUGAAUGUCGUAACAUUUUUAUUUACAAAAAUUCAUACUUUAUGUUAAUUUGAAGUAAAGCACAGCGAUUUGGUAAGCAAGAAUGUCACACCAAACUAAACUACAUGUCAUUAGAUCUGCUUUUGUUUCAACUUUCACAUGAUACGUGCUGUUCUUUGCACAAACCUUAGUAACAGAAUUUUUUAAAUCAAAUUGUUACAAUUUCAAGAAAAAGUAUGUUCAUAUGCCUGUCAAAAGACUAAAAUCCACACUAUCAUGUCUAGAAUAAACCAGAAGAGCAACAUA